CCUCAACUCACUACUACGUCGGCAUCAUCAACCUUUAAAUUCUUCUCAACACCCGCCUCAACGUCCACUGCUACAUCGACAAGUUUUGCUUUCGGCAGCAGUGGUGGGAUUUCAGGCGGUCAGACUGCUACUACCCCUCUCCCGAAAUUUACUUUCGGCAGUGCGCCUGCCCCAACGGUCGAAUCGGACAAGUCGUCGUUCUCUUCCAUUCUCAAUGUCCCAGGAACCAAACCUAUGAGUUCCACUGGUGGCGCAUUUUCGAAUCUGGAACUAGCUAAAAAUUUAGAGAAACCCAACGUUACAUUUACUUUUAAAAUGAAGCCUCCAACACCAGUGAAAGGCAAGAAUGUUGAUGACGCCAAGGAGGGAGAUGAGGCAAAGGAUGCAACAACGGAAUAUGAUGACAACGAGGAGGAUGAGGUCACUCCUAGCGACCUCUCUCAGAUCAGCUUUAAACCUGUGGUGGAACAUCUACCAGAUAAGGUGGAGGUGCGCACCGGGGAGGAAGACGAAGAGGUAGUUUUCGAGGCCCGUGCCAAGCUAUUUCGGUUCGACAACCCUAUCUGGAAGGAGCGGGGUCUAGGACAGCUUAAGUUGCUUCGAUCUCCAGUCUCUGGAAAAGUACGCAUUGUGAUGCGGAGGGAACAGAUACACAAGGUGUGUUGCAACCACUCCAUUACGUCCGGCAUGGUCUUGAAACCGAUGGAAGGCAGCAAGGCGCCAGUGAUCCCUUGGGUUUGGUGGGCUUUUGAUUUUUCCGAUGACGAGGUCGGGCCGCAGGGUAGGAAGGAAUUGUUCUCGGUGCGUUUUAAGACUAUGGAAGAAUCACAGGCCUUUCAUGAUGCCUUUGUGAAAGCCGCUGCAGCCUCGGAGGCCGAAACCCCUGUCGAUCUAGAGGCUGAAGAAGACGAGUUGGUAAUUGUAGCGAAUCCGUUAUCUUCUGAGCAAGUGGCGCGUGCAAGAGCCCUUCAACUACCAGACGAUUUCUACGCCUACGAACUAAAGAAGCCGGGAAGUAGCAGUCAUUCGCAACGGGAGGAUUUGACACCCGCAGAAGAGGCAGAGGAAGACGCACUCUUGGAGGCCGCUGUCAACCGCGGCACUUCAUCCACCUCGUCUUCUCUUGUGGUUGUCAAAAGUACCGAGUCACUUGUCAUUGCUACUCCACCUACUUCUCCUUCUCCUCCGACCUUCAGUGGUGCCACAAACGCUUCGCAGGAUCUUAGUGGAAAAUCGUGUUCCUGGCAGUGUGGGUCUUGUCUCUUAUUGGUCAAUCCUGAGAAGAUCGUCUGUCCUGCCUGUCAAGCCGCGAAACCUGGGACUGAUGAGGCGUCAGAGAUGACUACUCCUGUAGCAACUGGUAAAGCUUUUGAGAUCGAUGGGUCAAAGAGCUUUUCUGGUCCUCUGUUUGGCGGUGGUGGUGGAUUUGGUGGUUUUGAAGCCCUCAGCAAGGAGGCCCCGUCGAAACCCUCGUGGCUGACCAGCUCUGGACCUUCAUCAUCAGCUUCACCUUGGGCUGGUGCGGGAUCCACUCUUUUCUCGGCAAAAGGUGAUGAUAAAGGCGACAAUGAUGAUGAAAACGAAAGCGAUCCCGAUCCUCAAUUCGAGCCUAUCAUUCCCUUACCAAAUCUUGUGGAGACAAAGACGGGUGAAGAGGAGGACGUAUGUCUGUACUUGAGGCGCUGCAAGCUCUAUCGGCUUAUUGACAACCAGUGGAAGGAGCGCGGAAUCGGGGAUAUGAAGGUUCUCGUCCAUCCGAAAAAUCCACCUCCAGCCGACUUUCUUGAUCCGCGUUCAGAACUGCCGCCCAACAAGGACCUCGAGGGAGGCAUUAACCACGCACGUCUUCUGAUGCGUCGUGAUCAUGUGCUGAAGAUCUGCACCAAUCAAACCAUCUCUGUGGACAUGCCCCAGUUCAAACCGCUCCUUGUUGCCAACCAUGGAGUCUGUUGGGUGGCCAAGGACUACUCUGAGUGUCCCGAUGGAGAAGUCAUGACUUUAGGGCUGAGAUUCAAGACUGAACAAGAUCUUGCUCACUUUCAUGCAAGUAUCGAGCGCGCUCGGAAGAUGCUGAAACGGACUGAUGCAGCAAAGUAG